AAACUGAGUAGAUAAUCACGUUAUCAGUUAAUUAUAGUUACUUGCAAAAUAAUAUAUUUCCUAUUCUCACCAUAAUCAUUUGUAAUUUGAUAAAAGACACACUUGUUAUUUUUCACAUCUAAAAAACUCUAAAUAACUAUGAUUCCACGAACGUUAUUAAAAAAUUGGGUCUUCUUACGCCACUUUUACUAUAAACAUUAUAGUGUUCAAAAUAAAGUAAAAAAUACCAAGUAUAUUGGUUUUGGUAUAUUUACAAGCAUUAUGGUUUACAAUACUUCAGGAAUUACAGUAUUUGCAGCACAAAAUGAAUUGGAUAUUAAAAAAUUCAUGGCAGAACCUAUUACUGACAUAAGCAAGUUAAAGAAGAGAAAUGACAUGAAAACAAAAAUGGAAUUGUUAGUAAUGAAAACUCAGGCAGAGUUUUGUAAAGCUUUGGAAUCCUUAGAAGAUCCGGAUUAUUCUUUUAAAGUUGAUAGAUGGAUUAGAAAAGAAGGUGGCGGAGGAAUUACUUGUGUUUUACAAGAUGGAGUUGUAUUUGAAAAAGCUGGUGUAAAUGUGUCUGUUGUUACUGGCACAUUACCACCAGCUGCAGUACAACAGAUGAGAGCACGGGGGAAACAAUUACAAGAAGGAUCUAUGCCAUUCUUUGCAGCUGGUGUAAGUGCUGUAAUUCAUCCUCGAAAUCCUAUGGUUCCAACAAUACAUUUCAACUAUCGUUACUUUGAAGUAGAAAAUCCAGAUGGUUCAAUUCAGUGGUGGUUUGGAGGUGGUACAGAUCUUACACCUUAUUACUUAAAUGAAGAUGAUGUGAAACAUUUUCAUGGUACUUUAAAAGCUGCGUGUGACAAACAUGAUUCUUCAUAUUAUUCAAAAUUCAAAAAAUGGUGUGAUGAUUACUUUUUCAUUAGACAUAGAGGAGAACGUAGAGGAGUAGGUGGUAUCUUCUUUGAUGACAUUGAUACUCCUAGCCAAGAAGAAGCAUUUCAGUUCAUAAAGUCUUGCGCAGAAGCUGUUAUCCCUUCUUACAUUCCAUUAGUUAAACAACAUAAAGAUGAUGGAUAUGGAUAUAAAGAAAGACAGUGGCAAUUGUUACGUAGAGGAAGAUAUGUUGAAUUUAAUUUAAUAUAUGAUCGUGGUACAAAAUUUGGCUUAUAUACACCUGGUGCAAGAUAUGAAAGUAUAUUAAUGUCUUUGCCUUUGUCUGCAAAUUGGAAAUAUAUGCAUGAACCAACACCUGAUUCAAAGGAAGCAGAACUACUUGAUGUAUUGAAAAAUCCUAAAGAAUGGUUAAAUUAAUAUGAAUAACAUCUUUUAAUAAAACCACUAUUUUUUAACUUAAAAUUAUAAAUUAUAAUAAUAAUUUUGAUUGGUGUAUUUAAUUACUUUUCUUUUUUUUGUUUAUUUUUAAG